CUUUUUGUUUUUGGUUUUCGAGCCUCUAAAGUGCGUUCGAAAAAACUCAGCAGUCUCAUCCAUAACAGUGAUGAACUCCCAAGAGUCAAUUCCUGUCAAGUUUCCGUCUACUUCCAACGCAUUAUCGAUACCGGUAGUCGAGCUUGUGACUUUGAAGUUGUUCCUGGAAGUGAGUUUGUAGUCUCUCGCAAAGCUUUCAAGGACAAUUCGAAUUAUUACUAUGUCAACGACUGCAAAGCCAGUUUCAAAGAAGUCACUGGCCUUCUUCGUCAGCAUGGAAUUGAUCUAGAUCAUAACAGAUUCUUGAUUUUACAAGGGGAGGUCGAACAAAUUUCUCUGAUGAAACCCAAAGCCACAACUGAUUACGAGACAGGUUUUCUAGAGUACUUGGAGGACAUUAUCGGCUCGAAUAGGUUUAAGCGGCCGCUGGCUAUAUUGGCGGACCGUAUCGAGCGAUUAAAGGACAUUCGGCUGGAGAAGUUGGCCCGUGUUAAAGCCGUAGAGAAGGAGAGGAAUGAGCUGGAAACAGUAAAAGAUGAAGCCGUAGCUUAUUUGCGACUAAUCAACAAAGUGACGCGCAUUAAAAAUGUUAUUUAUCAGAAAAAACAACAACAAGAACUUGCAAAUGAGUCUCGCUAUCGCAAAGAACUCGUUGCUGUGGAACAACAGGUUGAGGAAUUUGCCAAAGAGGUUAAGGAUCUAAUGGAGGAGUUACAAAAGCUUAAAUCCAAACGUGAUGAAGACGAAAAACGUGCCUCCAUUCUUCAGGAGCAGCACAGAGCUGCAAAAACUCGCUUCGCCGGAUAUGAAGCCGAGGAUAGCCGAUUGCGUGAUGAGCACGCUCACCUCAAAGCCCAGGGUAAACGAACAGUAAAAGCGUUGGCAGCUGAGCGCAAGAAACUGGAUGAACUCCGUCGCUUACCGGGAGAGGCAGAGGAACGGAAAGAGACUCUGAAAUUUCAGUUAGCUGAGCUCGAGGCGAAUCGGGCAAAACAGGAAGCGAUAUAUAAAGAAACGAUGGACAUUUUGACACAGGAAACAGCUCCCUUGCGAAAAAAGAUGGAAGCAGCUGAAGCGGCCUUGGCGCCGGUUCAGAAGGCGGCAGAUAAUGCCGCUUCCAAGCUGGCGAUUGCUCGACAGGAGCUGGAUCUUGCGAUGUCGGCUGUGCGACGGGAGGAAGAGAGGGCAAAGGAGGCGCGAGAUGGCGCUCGGUCCGCUCAGGAUCGAUUGGCGGAGCGCAAGCGACAGUUGGCGGACGCGAAGCGCAACGCAACACCACUGCAAUUAAAGGAAUUGCAAAGGGUGAAGAAUGAAAGGGAGCGGGCUGCUGCCGAGGAGGAGCAACUAGUUGAGCGGGUUAACCAACUUAGGUCCUCUUUGGUGGAGGCUAAAUCCACUUUCCAAAGUGACCAUUCUCGGAACCGUGUCCUCUCAGCUCUGACUACAGCAGUCCAAGAGGGAAAUCUUGAUGGUAUUCUCGGACGUUUGGGAGAUUUGGGUGUGGUUCCACAGAAGUAUGAUGUCGCGAUAUCGACUUCUUGUGGUGCGUUAGACCACAUUGUUGUGGAAACUAUGGAGCUUGCUCAAAAAGCUGUCGAAUAUUUGAAGAAGUACAACCUUGGACAGGCGUCGUUCAUCGCUUUGGACAAGAUGGAGCGUUGGGCAAUCGAAGCAGCCAAACCAUUUGUUGGUCCAGUACCAGCAGCCCAACGGCUCUUCGAUUUAGUUGACACCUCUGCAAAUCCGCGAGUUAAGCCAUGCUUCUACUUCGCGCUCCGAAACACCCUUAUUGCAGAUAACUUGGAUGUAGCAGUGGAUUGGGCCUUCAACCAUAAACAGCGCUUCAGAGUAGUUACUCUUCAGGGCCAAUUGAUAGAGACAUCAGGAGCCAUGUCCGGCGGCGGCAGCGGACGUCCGAUCUCUGGCCGCAUGAACACAGAUGCACAGAAGGCACGCCGUCGCAGUAGCGGUGUUCCACUUAGUACAGAGGCACUAAUCAAGGAGAAGGAGACGGAACUUGCCGCUUGUGAGGUCCGUCUUACGGAGGCUCGACAGGAUCGCGAACGGCUUGAAGAUACUGAGGCUCAGCUGUCGCAACGUAUUCAGGAGGCCCAACGAGUUGUAACAAAAUGUCAGAAUGAGAUAGAGCGGCUAGGCGAAGAGGCAGAGGUGCUGGCGCAGGAGGCAAAACAAGCAGAAGUUCGUGCGGCACAAACAGGACCUUCAAAGGAGGAAAAAACGAGGAUGGAGGGAUUGGUGGCUAAUUUAGAGCGUCUUCAUGCGAGUAAGGCAGAAAAGGCAGACGAAUUGCGCAGACGGGUGGAUGAAGUGAAGAAGGCUCUGGUAGAUGCUGGGUCCGCGAGACUCGCAGCUGUUCGAUCGAGGGUUGGAUUGGUGGAAUCGAAGAUUAAGGAGACAAAUGAUCUCUUCACGAAACUUGAGGUGGACAUUAAGUCGGCACAUCGCAACCAGGCGAAAUGCGAGGCGAAAGUGAAGGGCUACGAAGAAGAGGUGGAGAUCCUCAAGGAGAAACUCACUGCUAUCGAGGCUCGCAUGGUGGAGAUCGAAAAGACUGCCAAAGUCUGCAUGGAUGAAUUUCAAGAGCUCCAAAAAAUGAUCAAGGACCUGACUCAGGGUUUGUUGGCGAUCAGUGAAGGGAUUGAUAAGGUGGAGACUGCAUUGGCCGCCAGUCGGAAGGCUGAGGGUGGAGUGCAGCGCAAGGCCGAAGAGCUUCGCAUUCAAGCUAAAGAGGCUGCAGGACGGGCAAGAGGCUGGCAAAUGAAACUGCGCUCUCUCCGACUCCACACCAUAGAGGAUGAUGAUGAAGACGAAGAAGCUGGAAUAGGAGACAGUACUGAAAUCGAUAGGCAUGGAAGCCAAUCAGGGGAUGAUGUGACGCCUAGUUCCGUAUCCUCGAGUUUGGCUGCUAUUUCCUCUUCUUCGAAGGAAAGGAGCUUGAAGCUGCCUGUUUAUACGGAGGAACAGCUGGCUGAAAUGAAGGUGAACGAAGCUGAAGUUCAUCGUUUAGAGGAGCAGACAGCAUCUAUGGCACCAAACAUGUCUGCCAUCGAGCAAUACCGCAAGAAGGUUGACCUCUACCUCAAACGCGUGGCCGAGUUGGACCAGGUUACCGAAUUACGAUCUGAGCAGUUGCGUCAGGAGGCUGACGCCAAGGCAAAGCGUCUCAGCGAAUUCAUGAGUGGUUUCAACAUUAUUACGACAAGGUUAAAGGAGAUGUAUCAAAUGUUGACGCAGGGAGGGGAUGCUGAGCUUGAGUUGAUAGACUCAUUGGAUCCCUUCUCAGAGGGCAUUGUUUUCAGCGUCCGACCGCCGAAAAAAACAUGGAAGAGUAUCGCAAAUUUAUCGGGAGGAGAGAAGACCCUUUCAUCCUUAGCUCUGGUUUUCGCUCUUCAUCACUACAAGCCUACACCACUUUAUGUGAUGGAUGAGAUAGACGCGGCUUUGGAUUUUAAAAACGUCUCAAUUGUGGGCAAUUAUGUGGUUGAGAGAACAAGAAACGCGCAAUUUGUGAUUAUUUCGUUAAGAAACAACAUGUUUGAGUUGGCGGACAGGCUGGUGGGCAUUUAUAAGACCCACAAUAUUACCAAAUCCAUUGCGCUGGAUUGUGCUUGUCUGUCAAAGCGGUUGGAAGCUGCGGUGGCUGCGAGACUGGGAACGAAAAUUCAAAACACUUCCGGCAGUCAAUGUACUGUAGACAUUUUAACACGAGCUGAUUCCUGCUUUCCCAGUGCGCUUAUUGAGUGCCUGUUAUUUACAGGUAUCCCAUCCAAACAGGCGGGUACGGGACGGCUGGAGGCACCAGAGGAGGCGGCCGAGGUGGAACAGGCGAAGAGUAAUUGCAGUACCGAUUCUGCGCAAACAUUCAUUCCGCAAAUGAACUAA